AUGCUAACCAACAACGCUCCUCCACUGGCCAUCUCGGCUUCCAUCGCCCCUUUUGAGCACAAUGCCACUCAUCCCAUCAUUAUCGCAAUUCACCCAAAUAUCGCUUACCCUUCUAAUCUUCACUCUGAUCAUACAAUGUCUGAGCUUGAGCCUCCAAAACCAGCUCCGCCACUCAAACUCCCCCGCACCCCCUACAACGAAGACGAAAUCGUCAACCUCAUGAAAGAGCUCUACAAAACAUUCCUAAGACUCAACUACAUCAAGCGCUGGGAGGUGAUUUGGCCGCCCAAGGGGACAGGACACGCCAUUAACGAGGUACUGUGUCGCGAGAUUGGGCUUGAUCAGGCUGUAAUUUCACUGAUGAAACAGCUGCCGUAUAUUAAGGGGUCUUUGGUCUCAAUGGACAUUGAGGUCUACAAAUAUUCCCGCGCCAUGGUAUACCUGGAAGACGACGAGAUCCGCGGUGGCCGGGACCCGACGCACCCCGGGAAAGACGCACCGACCAACUACGUCUACAAGCCCGAGCGCCCAGACGACAAGUACCAUUAUCGAAACUACUACCCGCACCACGCGCCCACCUGGCUCGCGAACUGGGUGGCAAAAAUCAAGUCCCUGGAUGAAGUUGUCCCGGUACGGGCAGGUGCGGGCGGUUCCAGUUUGCACUGGAUCGACCCGCGAUACCCGCCGCGAAAUGAGGCGACUAUUGUCAGGGGUCUUCUCAGGGACAAGUAUGGGUACCCAGACGACUUCCGCGAGGCGGAGUGGAGGAGUAUUGGUGAAAAGAUCUGCUGGAUGAUUGGGCACGCGAUUAUGGAUGGCAAGAAGAUACCAAAAGAGUUUGAUGUGGAUCCAAAGGAGGAAGAGAAGGAGGCUAGGGAGUAUGCCGGGACGGUUGUUUAUGCGGAAGAGAUUGAUGGGCCGAUGGAUGGGCCGAGGCGAUUCCAUGAUUUCUUAUAUCAAGAUCAGACAAUAUGAUACACAGGGCGCAGUGGUCAAGGUCAUAAUGCAAAAGAAGUAUUGCAGGUCUGGCAACUUCUGCGAGGCUGAUUAGAG